GCCAGGACCCGCCACCGGAAUCCGCUCCAGGCUGAGCCGCUCCUGGACGCCAUCCACAGUUGGCCAACCUCGCAUGUGGCGACAGACAGGCGCGUUGAUUGGCUGCUCACAUCGCAAGGAGAAGGACCCUCCGAGGACACUACACUGAAAACGAUUCAUCAUCGCCACAGCUCGGCACUUCGCUUCCGACAUUGUUCUUUGCAAGGGGCGAGCAGACGGAACAGCCACUACAGCAAAUUGAAUGUAAUUUCAUAAAAAGCGAGUGUUAAUUUUUUGCCAGCCACACAAUACAAGAUAGAUACAGCCAGUGAUACACGGACCCCGACGUGGCUUAAUGUGCUAACACGCAGUGACAUGAAAAAUGAUGAAGAGCAUGCAGCUUUCGCCCGCACCCCCCUGCUAGAGAAGAAAGCCCUGCUGGAGAAAGAAAGAAGCGCGCGACGAGCUGCAAAUUUGUGAGGCAGCCGCAUUGUAGCUCGCAGGACAACAGACAACAGACAACAGGCACAGACAACAGGCAACAGAAAAAAGGCAACGUGAAACAACCAAAAGGCGGCAGCAUCGCAUUGACAGGCGACGGAAAAAGGCAGGGCAAAAAAGGCAGCGCUGCACAUCGGACCAGCAUCAUUUAUCAGCGACGCAUCGCAACGAGAAGCGACUACGACCGGCGGGGCAUAUGUGCGCCGGAUAUGCUGGCAUUGUGUGGUUGCCGCAGCUGAAAGGAUUCCGCGCGUUCAUUCAAAAAGCCAUUAACCCUAAUAAGCAGCCGCAGGAGCCAGUGAGGCAGUCGAACAAUACGCCGCGCCGCCCAUCGAUGUGCCAGCCCCUCCCGCGGCCCAGGACAUAGGCUGUGGACAGUAGGCGGAAACUCGGCGGAGGAAAGCCUGCAUCAGGGAGCGACUGGCCCGGGAAGCGCGCAAGGAUGCCCGUGGUGCCGCCCCGCCUGCUGCUGCGUCUGCGGCGGCCCCUGCACCUGAUGGAACUCCGCAUCCUGCUGCUCUGCCUGCCGACGCUGCUCCUGGCCACCACCCUCGAGCCAGAUCAAAAGUCAAUACUCACAGAUAACGACUGGAAGAAGCUAUGGAUGCGCGGCGGUAUAAAUGCCGAUUCAAAAUUGGAUAAUAAUCUCGACUCGAGCGACAGUCCAAUGUUCGAAGACAGUGAGCUGAUGGCGCACAACACAACCGUCCAGCUGGGUGGCACCGCCUUUCUGGUCUGCAAGGUCUCCGGCGUGGACAGAGUGGGUGUAAAUUGGAAUCAAAUAUCUUGGAUCCGCCGCCGGGACUGGCACAUCCUGUCGUCGGGGGCCCAGCUCUACACGAACGACGAGCGCUUCGCGAUACUGCACACGCCCGGCUCCAACAUGUGGACGCUGCAGAUAAAGUUUGUGCAGCGCCGGGAUCACGGCAUGUACGAGUGCCAGGUCUCGACGCCGACUGGCAUCAUUUCGCACUUUGUGAAUCUUCAAGUGGUUGUGCCGGAGGCCUUCAUACUGGGCUCCGGCGAGCUGCACGUCGACAUGGGCUCAACAAUCAAUUUGGUGUGCAUCAUUGAGAAGAGUCCAACACCACCGCAGUACGUUUACUGGCAGAAGAACGACCGCCUGAUCAACUACGUGGACUCCCGGCGGGACAUCACCAUCGAGACGACCCCGGGACCGCGCACCCAGAGCCGCCUGAUCAUCCGGGAGCCGCAGAUCACCGACUCCGGCAACUACACCUGCUCGGCCAGCAACACGGAGCCGGCGAGCAUUUACGUCUUCGUUUCGAAAGGCGACAAUAUGGCGGCAAUCUCGCGUCGCAAGACCUCCUCGGCCGAUCGUCUGACGCACAUAUUCAGGUCGAUGCUGGCGCCCUGUCUCCUGCUGAACACGGUUGUUGUGAGACGCAUCUUCCUGACCUAAGCGGACCGCCGAGGAAGCCGUGGCGAGUGGAGGCCGGCGACGAGAAAUCCUACUUAAGCUAUUUCAGUGUUAGACCUAAAGCGAACCGAAACAGAGUUAAUAACUGAAUACCCCAGUCUAGGAUAAUUGCUAAGCUAAGCUCAGUGGAGACCGAGCACCCAAGUGUAAAAAUCAAGUUAAACCAAUCGCAGUCGCCGUGCACGUAUGUGUGUACUUGUACGUAUGCCAGGCAUUUACCCGUACAUCCGUACAUGCAGACAAGUCUAGAUAAGUCCUAGUUUAGUUGGUAACUCACCUUCCAUUGAUUGUGUACAGUAUGUUGAAGGACUUCGAAGUAUGUGAAUUGCGUUUAUGAAUACCGUUCGGUUUUCUUUCCCCAAACUCCUCGGUUGCCGUCGCCAGUGUUAUGUAUAUGUGUAGUGCAAUUUGCUCGCUCGGUGAGCUGAGAACAGCAACUUAUUGGAAAUGCCUUUGUUCGACCCAGUUCAGUGCUUUGCAACCCAAAACCCAAAACCCAAAAACUUUUCCCUGUAAACGGAAUUUGCAUAAGUAGCCAAUUUGAGUCCAUUAAAAUGAGGUAUAUAUAUGAGCAAAAACACGCAUUAAAAAGCUAUUAUACUGUUACUAAUUGCUAAUUGAAAACUAAAAACAUAAAAAGAGCAGCGGGCACGUCCAGCCCAGAAGGCAGCAACAACAAGAGCGAAAUAAAUGUUAACGAGAAUAAGAACGAGAGCAUCAACCCACAUUAAUUAAUUAUGUUAUUAAGUUUGUAAAUAAAUUUUAUUGCAAAUGGCAUAGCUCGCACACGCACACGCACACACAAGGACACACACGGCAUGCAGAAAAAAUUAAUUUAAACUGUGUAAAUAAAAAGGAAAUCAUACAGCUCCAGCAACGUCAACCACAAGGCAUACAACCGACUGAAAAUGUGCAACAUAUUGGCCAGGGCCCGUGGACGGGAUGGGAAUCGGAUCGAUUCGGGGUAGAGGAGUACGAGCAUGUGGAUGCUUUAUGGGCUUUGAAACUGUCAAAAUCAAGCUGUAAUUAAUUGCAAAAGCACACAAGGGAGAAAGGAGCGGGUCUAGGCAAAAACUAACUAUAGAGACAAAAUAGGGUAAUGUAAAAUCAUCAUUCAGCCGAAUCAGAAAAUUGAAAAAAAUUACUUUACAUGCAGCUUUCUGGCUAUCAAAAAUGUUAGCUGAGAUCUCUAGGAAGCGCACUCGUCUCAAGCCCCGAAAUCUCAUCUUUGACCUGGCAUUGGCAGGGAAUUCAACCGACAUUUUUCCAUUAACAAUCUGCAUUUGUCUGCUGCCCUUGCCGACUAGCUGAAACACCUCAAUCACGAAAGAAACAUCUACGUAAUGAAUUAUGUACAACUUCUCGACUGUUUAUUAAUCUUAGGCCGGCUCCACUAACGGCAGCGGCCUGCACUUACGAUAGAAUACAAUAUAGGGGAUCCGCUCCAGUUCGAAUUGAUGUGUUGUCAGACUUAAGCCUGCAAUAACCAACAUUUGUUCAUUGUCGGUACGUAAUUUACACAACAAAAACUGUUAAGAAAUACCAUUUGAAGUUUGAAUAGAUUCAUUAGUGUGAUCCCACGACAAAACCAAAAAUGUAGCGUAAUCAUUAUACUAAAAGAAUAACGAUAUUGAUAAUACCGAAAAUACUAAAGCGAUUCCACAGCCUCCUUGAUGUGUCUGUAUGUGUAUGCGUAUGCCCAAUGCUCGUUGGACAAGUUAAUUGAUUCAAUUGAAGUAAACUGAAUUAAAAGAAGCAUUUAGUUGGUUCUCACUGUUAAGCAUUUCCACUGUAAAUAUUUUGUACUAACAUACGUAUAUCGAACGGCUGAUAAUGGUCCUUCGUUAAUUAAUGAAAAUCACAUAUGGCAACAAAGAAAAAGUUAUAAUAGGUAAUUGUACUCUUGGUGUAAAAACAGGCAGAGCAAAAAUAAACGAACAACCAAUAUAGAACGAUUCAAAUGUUUUCAAUGUAAGUGCUCGAGCAAAUAACUGUAAAAUUUCAACUUGCAACAAUUUGACGAAUAUGAAUUUAAUAGUACAGAUAUAACAAAUCUAAGCCCCAAUACUUUGUGCUUCCACGCACAGAUACAAAGGAGGGGACGACAGAAAAUACCAAAGCAGCAGUGCAUGGCUAACAAUACGAAUGCAUGCGAAUAAAUCAAGUGAUUAUCAUGGAAAAAUAAAUGUA